AUGACUUUUGUGGCCCAUAGAUGCCCACGAAUCACAGACUUGAACCCAGGCUGUCAACUGGUCCAAGACAUUAAUGAUCCCUGCUGUAAGAAGCCUUACUGUUCCCCUAAUGUGACCCCAUUGUCAUCAAGGCCCCAACACCCACCACCAUUAACGGAUAUCCAGAGACUGGAUAUUGCCAAAAAUGCUGUCUGUAUGUACAAGGGCGUGUCCUUCCAACAAGGCGAGUCCUGGAAGGAUGGCUGUGACCUGGUCUGUGAGAAUGGAACAACAGAAUUCUACCGAUGUGACGACAGAUGUCCACAGUACCAGCUGACUGAGGGAUGCUCCAUGGAGGCAGAUCCUGAUGACUCUUGCUGCAAGAAACCAGUCUGCCACCUAGAGCUGAUGAAACCCCCAACUGUGGCCCCCACACCUUCACCCAAACCUGGCGAGGUCCCAAUGCCCACACCAUCCCCUACCCCAUACACUCUGCCCAUGCCAACAGCUAUUAACUAUGGAUCUGGACCCAAUGGAGGACAUGGAUGUUUGUACAAGGGAGUCUCUUACAAUGCUGGAAAGACCUGGAAAGAUGGCUGCUUCUACACCUGUGAAUGUUUGGACAUGCAGACUGGCAGAUACAGAUGCAAGGACAGAUGCCCAUCCAUGGAUGGUGUCGUCCCACCACCCAACUGCCAGAUUGUCUCUGACCCUGCAGACCCAUGCUGUAAGAUGAUGCAGUGCAGACAACCUACCCCCGCCCCCUCAUUCAAUCUGGUCACAGGAAACAAACCCCCGAUCACUGGCAGCAUCACCUUCCCCCCACAACCUAACAACACACAGGUACCCAACCCAUACCAAACAACCCCAGACACCUAUGCCAACACCUAA